AUGACAUCUCAGGCGACUACGCAGGGACUGAUGAAAGUGGCCGAUCCCCGUCCUAUACGGUCACUUAGCGAUCAAAAGCUAGAGGACCUCACCCAACUACGCGUUGGAUUCAAUCAGCGAUGUACAGCUCUUGGUUUUAUUCUAAACAAAGCGUACAGCAUGAUAAUCUUCAUUCAACUUGCGAUGAUCCAAACGGUCGAUGGCGACCAGCUUCCUCCUGUAGGAAUGCUAUUGACAACUAUGAUGAGAGUCAGCGAACUCGUCGACCAGAUUUAUAUGCUACAGGCUGAGGCAAAAGAAGAUCUCGAACUAGAAAUUUCACUCUGGGAAGACCUCUGA